GGAUGAUGAAAAUCAGACAUCAGAGGGAGCUUGGAGGACAGAGAGAAGCGCAAAUAUCAGAGAGAGAGAGAGAGAAGAAGAAUUAUCUUACCAUUUUGCCUAACUGUGAAGAAUCCACAGUGUCUAUGAAUUGUGUGCUGAAAAGGAAAAAGCUUUGAGAUUUUGGGCUCUAUGAAUUGAAUCCUCAGGAUGCUUAGCUUGAGAUAUUCACUGCCUUAUCUUCCUCAAACAAAGGAAUCAACUAAGCUCUUCUCCAAGAGGCCUAACAAUGUUGUGGUUUGUGCGGCAAGAGGUCCAAGACCUCGACAUCCUCGAGUAUGGAAAACAAAGAAGAGAAUUGGAAGUAUCUCCAAGGCUGCCAAAAUGCUUUCUUGUAUAAAAGAAUUGUCGAAUGUUAAAGAAGAAGUUUAUGGAGCACUUGAUUCUUUCAUUGCCUGGGAAUUAGAGUUCCCUCUUGUUAUAGUCAAGAAGGCAUUAGCUAUUCUUGAAGAUGAAAGAGAAUGGAAGAAGAUUAUUCAGGUGACAAAAUGGAUGCUGAGCAAAGGCCAAGGAAGAACAAUGGGAACUUACUUCUCAUUACUUAAUGCUCUAGCAGAAGAUAACCGGCUUGACGAAGCUGAGGAAUUGUGGAACAAAUUGUUCAUGGAACAUUUAGAAGGAACUCCAAGAAAGUUCUUCAACAAAAUGAUCUCUAUAUAUUACAAGAGAGAUAUGCACCACAAACUCUUCGAGGUGUUUGCUGACAUGGAGGAGCUUGGAGUGAAACCGAACAUUGCGAUUGUGUCUAUGGUUGGAAAAGUGUUUAUGAAACUUGAGAUGAAGGAUAAGUACGAGAAGCUUAUGAAGAAAUAUCCUCCACCACAGUGGGAGUUCAGAUACAUCAAAGGAAGACGCAUUAAGGUCAAGGCAAAGCAGUUAAGCGAGCUAAGCGAAGGUGAAGGCGGGGUAAGCAGCGAUGAAGAUAAGACUGAUAGUGAGAUUGAGAGUAAAUCUGAAAUGUUUUCUGAUGAGGAAGCAAACCAGGAUGCUGAGGAUCUCAGUGAAAAUGAAGAAGACGAGAAUGAACUUUUUAGUGGGAAUCAAGGACAGAUUGGAACUUCUAGAGAAUUCUCUUUUGAUCAUUUGGACUCUACUUGACUUAGAAUGUAUGCUUCAUGAGCUUUUGAGAUCGUAUCUUCAGUUGGAUCAUGUAAGGGAAAGAGAUCGACGGCCAAAGUUCUCCAAAGAAGCUUUCUGGGACUGAGCUUUGGAGUUCUGACGAAAACAUGACCAGAAAAUUGUGAAUUUUGUAAGGUUGAAGAACUUAGAAAAGUCAAAACAAGACAUAAAUUGAAGAGUCUACUUCUGUCAAAACCAGAAGAAAAGAUUGCAAAACUCAGCAAAGAAUGAAAAAUGUAAAGUCUUUUGAGUAUCACUGUGUAAGCUUUUAAGACAAAAAGUAUUGUAAUUCAGAUCAAAGUUAACUCCUUUUUGAUAUUCAAUCUUCAUCUGAUCCCGAGUCUUCAGAA